AUGUCCUUGAUAGACCCACCGGAACUACUGUGCUGGCUGAGCCCAUCUUCAACCAACUGCAGUCAGGAUUGUGGUGAUCGGUAUAGCCGAUCGGCCGAUUUACCGAGUAGUUUUAACAACAGAUUGCGUUUGUCGAGCAACGGGGCAUUUGGGUCUGCCUCAACCGAGAUUGCCGUUCAGAGUCGGUUUGAAAAGGCGUUGCCUUAUGUAUGA